GCCCGGCUCGGCCCGGCGCGGCGGCCGCAGCAUGUGAGCCCGCGGGGCGGGGAUGCUCUGGCUGCUCUGCGGCCCCUGCGGCGCCAUGGACAGCCAGGCGCUCGUCAUCCGCAUCAAGAUCCCCGACGGAGCCGCCGUGGACUGGACCGUGCACUCGGCGCCACAGCUGCUCUUCAGGGAUGUGCUGGAUGUCAUUGGUCAAGUUUUGCCAGAUGCAACCACCACAGCAUUUGAGUAUGAGGAUGAGGAUGGGGAUCGGAUCACGGUCAGGAGCGAUGAGGAGAUGAAGGCCAUGCUGUCCUAUUAUUACUCCACUGUGAUGGAGCAGCAAGUGAAUGGACAAUUGAUAGAGCCUCUGCAGAUCUACCCACGAGCCUGCAAACCUCCUGGGAAACGGAACAUACAUGGCCUCAAGGUGAACACGCGGGCGGGGGCCGGCAGCGGCGCCUCCGAGGCCCUGCCCAGCAACAGCUUGAAGAAGUCCUCUGCAGAGCUGAAGAAGAUCCUUGCCAAUGGCCAGAUGAAUGAACAAGACAUUCGAUACCGAGACAUCCUCGGCCACGGCAACGGAGGCACCGUCUACAAGGCUUACCAUGUCCGCAGUGGAAAAAUCCUGGCGGUGAAGGUCAUACCCUUGGAUAUAACACUGGAACUCCAGAAGCAGAUCAUGUCAGAGUUAGAAAUUCUUUACAAGUGUGACUCCUCGUAUAUCAUAGGAUUUUAUGGUGCUUUUUUUGUAGAAAACAGGAUUUCACUGUGCACAGAGUUCAUGGAUGGGGGGUCUCUGGAUGUUUAUAGAAAAAUUCCAGAACACGUUCUCGGAAGGAUAGCGGUGGCUGUUGUGAAAGGCCUGACCUAUUUAUGGAGCCUGAAGAUUUUACACAGAGAUGUGAAGCCCUCCAACAUGCUGGUGAACACCCGGGGCCAGGUGAAGCUCUGUGACUUUGGGGUCAGCACCCAGCUGGUGAAUUCCAUAGCCAAGACGUAUGUUGGAACAAAUGCUUAUAUGGCGCCUGAGAGGAUCUCGGGGGAGCAGUACGGGAUCCACUCGGACGUCUGGAGCCUGGGGAUUUCCUUCAUGGAGCUUGCUCUUGGGAGGUUUCCAUAUCCUCAGAUUCAGAAAAACCAGGGAUCUUUAAUGCCUCUCCAGUUAUUGCAGUGCAUUGUUGAUGAGGAAUCGCCAGUGCUUCCAGCCGGGGAGUUCUCGGAGCCAUUUGUGCACUUCAUCACUCAAUGCAUGAAGAAGCAGCCAAAGGAAAGGCCAGCACCUGAAGAUUUAAUGGGCCACCCGUUCGUGGUGCAGUACAACGACGGCAAUGCCGAGGUGGUGUCCAUGUGGGUGUGCCGGAUGCUGGAGGAGCGCCGAGCCCAGGGAGCCCAGUGAGCCCCGCAGCACCCGGGGCUCUCCCCACGCCGGGACCUCCACCUUGGCACUCUCAGCCUACCCAGGUCCUGUUCUACUCCAGCUGUUUCCUAGAAGCGUCGACAACAUCAGGGUGUUUGCUGGCUGCCUUUUCCUCACCGCCACGUUAAGGAAUUUUCUUAAUUGUUUCUUUUGUUGCUGAGCAAUUUCCAGGUUUAUCUUCAGUUAUACUGUACACAGCCUUAAAGCAAGUAUUUUAUAUCUCUAUUUUUGGGUUACUGAAUGUUCUGUCUCCUGACCCCAGAGUAUUUUUUAACUGUUGCUCCUUUCCAAGUGUCCAGAGGAUUUCCUGACGAGUUGGUGGCUGUCUCUGAGUGCAGGCAGCCACUCAAUACUGGGUUUAAGUGUAAAACAAAAGCAAACAGACAAAAAAGAGAAAUAUCUGGGCUUGCCCACCCUGUGAGGAGGUGAGGGGUGCCAGGAGGGUCAGCAUCACACCAGUGAGUGACUGGGAAUGCCCUCUCUGCUCCCAGUGUCAGCUGCUGGGACACGAGGAGCGCCCAUGGUCAGGCUGAUCCCUGAACCAGAGAGGGUUUGCUGAGGUGGAAAAGGGGGAAAGAGGACAGGGCUCUGCUCUGGAGCCAGGCUGGGAGUGUUCCCCUGGAGAAGGGAAGGAUCCAGGAAUCCCCAGAGCCCUUGCAGGGCCUGAAGGGGCUCCAGGAGAGCUGCAGAGGGACUGGGGACAGGGAUGGGGGGACAGGACACAGGGCAUGGCUCCCACUGCCAGAGGGCAGGGAUGGAUGGGGUGUUGGGAAUAAUCCUUCCCUGGGAGGGUGGGCAGGCCCUGGCACAGCUGUGGGUUCAACCAGGCCAAGCACAGACUCCAGGUUUGGUGUUGCAGGAAAAAGGAAUGGCUGCAAUGUCUCUGCUGGGUGUUCCUGGCUCCUGCAGUUCCUGGGGAACAUUUCCACAACAGACCAACACAGGUUGAAUCAUUCCUUGUGUAAAAAUGCUUAAUAAAAGGAAAAAAAAAUAAAUAAACCAUGGAUGUGAGAGGCAGGUUUGGGGUGAGUGAGUUGGGUGGGAGGAGG